CUUUGUGAAUACAUCCAGAGGCAGAAUCAGUACCCUUUAGAAGAAUUUUAUGCUGUUUUCAUUUCUAAUGAUAGAAGGAUGGUGCCACUUUGGAAGCAGCAGGCUGGGUGUGGAGGAGAACCUGUGAUUUGGGAUUACCAUGUGAUUUUGCUUCAUGUUGCCAGUGGAGACCAGAACUUCAUUUAUGACCUUGACACUGUGCUUCCUUUCCCCUGUCCCUUUGACACCUAUAUUGAAGA